AUGGCAGACGUAAGCAAGGCAGCGGUGUUGUUAAUAGUGUGCAGCUUUUGCACAAUACAUGCAUAUAUUCCAAAGUUCCACCGUGGAAGACCGAAAGGUGGGAUGCUUGGCAGACCCAAUGUUAAGUCCAAUCAUGCACUUCCUCCUGAUAUGUGGGUUACACAAAGAUUAGAUCACUUCAAUGAUGCUGAUACAUCGACAUGGCAACAGAGAUAUUUUGUUAAUGAUACAUUCUACAAAAAAGGUGGUCCAGUAUUUGUGAUGAUUGGUGGAGAAGGAACAGCUGAUCCGAUUUGGAUGGUUGAAGGUGCAUGGAUAGAUUAUGCCCAAAAAUUCAAUGCUUUUUGCCUUCAACUGGAGCAUCGCUAUUAUGGGAAAAGCCAUCCAACAAAAGAUAUGGGGACAGGCAAUUUGAUAUUUUUAAGCAGUGAGCAGGCUUUAGCAGAUUUGGCUUACUUCAUAACAUAUGCAAAGCAGAAGUUUGGUUUAGAAGAAAGCAAGCUAAUUACAUUUGGAGGCUCAUAUCCAGGUUCCCUGUCGGCAUGGUUCAGAUUGAAGUAUCCUCACUUGGUAGAUGGAGCUGUUGCCUCUAGUGCUCCUAUCAAAGCUGUGCUUAACUUUUAUGAGUAUCUUGGAGUGGUGACCAACUCCUUAGCAACCACUGGUCAGAGCUGUAAUAAAAAUGUGGCUGCAGCUACAGAUGACCUGGCGAGUAAGCUGCAGACAGCAGCAGGCCAUACAGCACUAAAGACUAUGUUCAAUAUGUGUGAUGACCUUGACCCCAGUGACCCAGACUACAAAUUAGAUGUUGCAAACUUAGUGAGCAGUUUGGUGGGCAAUUUUGAGGGUGUUGUACAGUACAACAAAGACAACAGGGCAUUCGAGGGUGCAGUGGCUACAAAUAUAACAGUAGACACACUCUGUGAAGUGAUGAAUGACGCAUCUGUAGGAGACCCCCUGAACAGGUACGCUAAAGUGAACGAGAUGAUCCUCACUGCAUACUCAGAAAAAUGUUUGGAUUAUAAGUACAGAGCCAUGAUAGAAGAUCUUCAAAAGACAUCGUGGAAUAGCAGUGCUGGAGAAGGUGGUCGACAGUGGACUUACCAAACCUGUACUGAGUUUGCUUUCUUCCAGUCUUCUGACUUGAGCAAUAAAACUCAACCAUUUGGAAGCUUCUUCCCUCUAAAUUUCUCAAUACAGCAGUGUAUUGAUAUCUUUGGGGCCAAGUUUAAUCGUGACCUGAUCCAGAGUGGAGUUAAUCGAACAAACACAAAUUAUGGAGGAGAAUCUCUAAAGGUCACCAAGGUUGCCUUUCCUAAUGGAUCAAUUGACCCCUGGCAUGCUCUUGGCAUCGUUGACGAUUCCGUGGCAGGAUCAACAGCUAUUUAUAUUGACGGAACGGCUCAUUGUGCCAACAUGUAUCCAAGUACAGAUUCUGACCCCGCUGAACUCACCAAAGCAAGGCAGGUGAUCACAGGACUUAUCUCAGCUUGGAUCUCCAAGUAGUCACAAGUGCUCAGUUGAAUCAAACAAUUUCAAAGGUGAAACAACAAUUUGCCUUAUGAUACAUUUUUGUAAAUCAAUUGAUACUUACAUAACUUUUUGCAAGGAAUACUUUCUAAAAGUUUAUUCCACAGGAAACUGUAUUUGUACGUACAAAUAUACAUUUAUAAAGUAGAGGUAUUGAAAUAAUACAUGAUUAAAAGAGAUUUCUAAAGUUACAAUCAAGUGCCAGUUUUGGUUUCAAGGUUUUUUUAAUUUCGAGCUAUGAUUUAAAUAUUAGCAAUAGUUUGUGAUUGAAGAAUACAUGAUUAUGUCAUACAGAUUUGAUGGACUCAGAACAUUGAUACUGCAACAACAGUUCUAUAAUUCAUUGACUUAACAGGGUGCUGAUGUUUCAUUCUCCGAUGCAUUAAAAACUGAUCUCAACAAAUUCAGGUUCAGCUAUCUUGGGAAGGACAUGUGAAGAUAUUGAUAUUUUUUCAUUUUUUUUUCAACGGCUUUUAUAAAAAUAAUUGUGUAAAUAGUGUAUUGUAUUGCAUUUUUGUUGCUUUUGUUUUUUGCUGUACUGAAUAAUGAAUAGUAAACAAAUAUUAAUAAUCAUAUUAAGAGGAAGAUGUCUCCUUGAAACUAGUUAUCCUUCAAAUGAUUCCAGGAUAAGGUAUUGGGUACCUGUCCAGGCUUUGAUACCAUAAAUUUAUGAAGGGAAAAUGAUUGACCAGAAUCUGUCUAGCUUUCUUCAUUUACAGACAUUCCUUAUCUUAUGUUUCUGUACGAGUCAAGUUUAACCUCAACUUCAACAAAACUUUGUUCAUAUUAUUUUAUAAAUGUUUAUGAUACUGGAGGCAGUGCUCAAAGAGUGCCAUAUGAAAUUGAUGACUUUCAUUUACCUGCUGACCAUAGUCUUUCACAAUUUGAAUUUUUGCCAUAUUAUCAUAAUGUGUGCUAUAAGUUGAA